GUAUAAUGGCUCCCUCCCUAAUGGUGACAGAGGGCGCAGGAAAAGCAGAUUUGCCCUCUAUAAGCGACCCAAGGCAAAUGGAGUUAAGCCCAGCACCGUGCAUGUGAUUUCGACGCCCCAAGCAUCCAAGGCUGUCAGCUGUAAAGGCCAGCAUAGCAUCUCCUACACGUUAUCCCGAAACCAGACUGUCGUAGUGGAGUAUACUCAUGAUAAAGAUACAGACAUGUUUCAGGUUGGGAGGUCAACAGAAAGCCCCAUAGACUUCGUAGUUACGGAUACAAUUUCCGGCUGUCAAAACAACGAUGAGACUCAGAUCACGCAGAGCACCAUCUCGCGCUUCGCCUGCAGGAUCGUCUGCGACAGGAGCCCGCCGUAUACAGCAAGGAUUUUUGCAGCUGGAUUUGACUCUUCUAAAAAUAUAUUUCUUGGUGAAAAAGCAGCAAAAUGGAAAAAUCCAGAUGGCCACAUGGAUGGAUUGACAACCAAUGGUGUGUUGGUCAUGCACCCAAAAGGGGGAUUUACUGAAGAGUCCAAGCCUGGAGUGUGGCGGGAGAUCUCCGUCUGUGGUGACGUGUACACCCUCCGUGAAACCAGAUCCGCUCAGCAGAGGGGGAAGCUGGUGGAAAAUGAGACCAACGUCCUACAAGACGGUUCUCUUAUUGACCUGUGUGGAGCCACCCUUCUGUGGAGAACAGCAGAUGGACUGUUCCACACCCCGACUCAGAAGCACAUCGAGGCUCUGCGGCAGGAGAUAAACGCUGCCAGGCCCCAGUGCCCCGUGGGGCUCAACACGCUAGCGUUUCCCAGCAUCAACCGUAAGGAGGUGGUAGAAGAGAAGCAGCCCUGGGCAUACCUCAGCUGUGGUCACGUUCACGGCUAUCACAACUGGGGACAUCGCAGUGACACAGAAGCCAACGAGCGGGAAUGUCCCAUGUGCAGAACCGUUGGUCCCUACGUGCCUCUUUGGCUUGGUUGCGAAGCAGGUUUUUACGUGGAUGCUGGUCCUCCAACUCAUGCUUUCACCCCAUGUGGACAUGUGUGCUCUGAGAAGUCUGCAAAAUACUGGUCUCAAAUCCCUCUGCCUCACGGUACUCAUGCAUUUCAUGCUGCCUGCCCUUUUUGUGCAACACAGCUGUCUGGGGAGCACAACUGCAUCAAACUAAUUUUUCAGGGUCCAAUUGACUGAAUAUCAUUUUGCGAUGAUUAAAAUAACAUGUUCUUUAACAACUUACUGUGAAGUUUUUUGCCACUAACUCUAGAUUUUACCUUUUUUUAUAAUGUUAUUAAUAGGGUGGUUGGGUGGGGACAGGGAGCUGACAGGGACAUUGUGAGGGACCGCGGUGAAGUGGGAUGCAUUGAUACCUGGAACUUGGCAGAUAUCAGUGGUGUUGCAUGCUCAGAAGCAGCAUAGUCAUGAAGUCUUCUUGGUCAAAUCCUAGUAUAUUUGUAAUCUUUUUAUUAGCACCCUGGAUCAGAAAAAAAGGUGUCUUACUGAUUUUUUUAAGCUAAGAUUUUUUUAAUGGAAAGGUUUUUUCUUCUAAACUUUGACAAGCCUUUAAAGCCUAUUUUUCAAAGCUAGAAGGAACGUACAGAAUGUAACUGUCUUUAAUUUGCAAUAUAAUUUAACUUGAAUAGUUUCUCAAGGAGCUAAUAUAGAAUGUGUGGACAACCAUAGGUGAAUGUUCACUAGAGAUAAUUGGUUAUGUAAGAGAAGUUAGCUGCCUAAAUUGUAGAGUAUAAAUGCUAUUAAAAUAUCUCUUAUGGUGUAACACAGCUGGCCAAAAAGGCAUCAAGGAUUACUUGAAACUGAGGAAAUCCUGUUUGCAUUGAUUUCCUUUCAGCGUAGUAGAUAUCCACUGUUCGUUAUGUGUGGAAUAUGGCCCUUCUGUUUGACUUCUUUUGUGUUUUUUUUUUUUUUUUUUUAAAUCUGCAUUUGGUUAAAUUGCUUU